GCUGAACAACGGCAUGGAAUAAAGAGGAUAUAGCACUGAUUAAUUACACCGAUUUUGGAGGUCUCUGUAUCGCGGCACUAUGGCAGGGCUGGGGGAUUACCACGUCAUGGGGCUGAUUAUAUUAUGUCUAGUACUACAGACCCAGAGUCAGAAGAUUCUAUCAGACAGGAAGAAAUGUGGAGACAGUCAUUGUGAAAGUAUGAUGAUGAGAGUUUCAGCAAAGCAGGAUUACACUGGACCAGACUGCAGAUUCUUAAGCUUCAAAACAGGAGAUGAAAUCAAUGUCUAUUAUAAGCUCACAGGAGAGAGGGAAGAUCUGUGGCAGGGGAGUAAGGGAAAAGCAUAUGGCUUCUUUCCCAAAGAUAUGGCCAGCAUAGAAGAAGUCUAUAUGACAGAGGAAGUUGAGGUCCCUGCACAGGAAAUUGACUUUAUCUGUUUGAAUGGAGGAGAAUAUUUUUUUGAAAAUGAGGACAGUGUUUUGCAUAAGGAAAAUGAAGACAGAUUACUGACAGGAGAGAACACAGCAGCAGAUGAUGGAGUCCCAGCUGACAUCACCCAACAACAAUCAGAGCAGGAAACCACUGACAAAUCAGCUUGGCCUUCUUCGGGCAUUGCAGGAUGGUUUGGCAUGGGUAGAGCUGAUGAAAGACAAGACACAAUGAUGGAGGACAACCUUAAAACAGAGGAUGGUUUCCUGAAUCGAAACACUGCCUUCAAUGAACAAGGUGAACCCAAAGAAUUGGAGGAGACUCAGACAGAAAAAUCUGGUUGGUUUGGUGGCCGAAUCAAAAAGUUUCUGCCUUUUAGAGAAAAAAACACAGAGGCCGAGCCUCAGGAAGAGGACAGCGAUACUCUGGUGCCACAUAAACAUAUUGCAGUUGAAACAGAUGGCGAAAAUAUUUCCACACACACGCAGGAACCUAACCAGGAAAGUAAUAACAGCAAUGAUAGGGGAGAGUCUCAGUCAAAAUGGUUUAACUUCGCUAUUAAAGAUGUUUUAGGUUUUGGGUCAAAGAACAAUUUCAAGAAAGAAGAAUUUCACCAAAGUGAGGAUGAGAGUGACAAUGAAAGAACAUCAAAGAAUCUGAGUACAGAUCAGGGUGAAUCUAUGGAAAUCAAUGCUGAGGGUGAUAAAGAGGUGUUUGUGGUGGAUCAACCGACAGUUGAUGAGACAAAAACCCCUGCAAUGAAUCCUGAAAUGCCUACAGAGGAUAUCGCUGUAACCACUGGACCAGAGAAAGUGGAAGUGUCCACACAGUGUGAGUCUGAAGAAACAGCUUCCAGUGAACACUGCACAUUUGAAUCAGCCUCGGAUCUGCCCUACAGGGAGCCACACUACCCAGAGGAGAGCUGUACGGCAGGAGUACAACCACCAUCUGACAUAUCUGACAUUAGUAUACUACCAUUCACAGUAAAGGAAUUGAUGUCAUCAUUUUGGAAAUACUAUGAAGUUCUUUCCAACUUUGUUGGUCCUGUCGGGUCCGCGGUUACAAAUGCUAUACACAACGUACCAGACUUCAUUUAUAAGGUUGUUUCUCUCUUGCCUGAGGAUCUCCAGCCUGGCCAGGAUUUUUAUGGCUGUUCCUGGGAGGUGGUGAUUUUCACUGCAUGCUUCGGAUUUCUCUCAGUCUUCUUGUUCACCUGCAGGACUAUCCGUUGUAUUAAAAGCCGAUGCUAUGCAAGUCGAGAAUGUAAGCUUGGUGCGCAGGUCACUGAACUUUUAAACAACAAAUCUGAAGUGCUGGAAAAACUAAGCAUUGUGCAAAAACAGUAUGAAGAAGUACAGCAGACGUUAGAGGAAUCUGGUCAGCAGAAGUUACUGCUGGAGAUCUCAGAGCAGAAGGCAUUGCAGGAAUCACUGCAGGUGUCAAACACGGAGUUGGAGGAGAACAUUGCAAGACUGGAGCAGGAACUGGAAGAAGAGAAGCAGCGGGGACCAGAGCUGGACAAUAUGCUUGUGGAAUUAAAUGAGAAAAUCAAAAAUCUGGAAGAUAAUUUCAAGAAGGAAAAAUCUCAGAAAGAAGAGAUCCGGACAACUCAGAAAGUGUUUGAAAUUAACAAGGAGCGCCUGGAGCUGUCCUGCCAAGAUGCAAAGGAGGAGCAGUCUCGCCUGCAGGAGAGCAUAAAGCAGCUUUCAGAGGAAGCGGAGGGCUGGGAGGAAAGGUUCAGUGAGCUGUCUGAAAACUCCAGAAUGCUCAGCGUAUCUGCAGGACCUAUGCAGGAAGACCUGAGCAACAAGCAGUGCCAGAUUAAGUCACUAGUUGACAGUUUGCUGACGAUGAAAGACUGGAUCUCCGAGGUGGAUGAGCUUUAUGAGGAUGACGACACGAUCUCCAGUAUUAAGUGGGAUUUUGAAAAUGGAGAACCCCUGGGGGAUCCACAGAAGCAAACCAUAAAGAAAUUGAUCUUUGCUGCAAUGCUAAAUGCGUCACUAAAGAGUGUUGAGUCUGAGAAGAAACAGCUGUAUGAUAACCUCUCAGAUGAAAUGAAGGCAAAGGAGCAGCUGGCAGAGUGUAUCACAAAUCUUCAGAACUCAAACCAGUCUAUGGCCUUAGAAAAGGAACAGCUGGAUGGUGAACUGGAGAAGCUGAAGCAGAAAAUGAGCGUCAUGAUGGAGGUGUAUCAGGAAAACGAGCGAAAGCUUCACAGAAAACUUACCGUACAAGAAAAGGAGCGGAUUCAAAAAGAAGCAAAACUAUGCAAAGCAGAUGAAAAAAUGAACCUGGCAGCCGGCGAGCUUGUCACCGUCAAGACACGAGUAGCAGAACUGGAAGACGAGACUGAAAGGACUGUCUCCUCCUACCAAAGCCAGGUCACAUCAUAUGAAAAGAAAUCACAUGAUAACUGGCUCACUGCGCGGGCGGCAGAACGAUACCUGUCUGACGUCAAGAAGGAAGCGGCACAUCUGAGACAAAAGUUAACAGAGGCGGAAUAUAAACUGGAGCUCCUGGAAAAAGAUCCCUUUGCCUUGGAUGUGAUCCAAGCCAUCAGUAGAGCUUAUGCAGAUGUUUUUAUUAACCACCAAGACGGUUCACCAUACGGAUUGUCUCCGAUUGGCCGACUCCCUGAAAGCCGGGCUUUCCUCUCCCCUCCCACUCUCCUGGAAGGCCCUCUGAGAAUCUCCCCAAUGCUUCCUACCGCAGACAGAGGUCCAAGACUACCAGGAUAUUACCCAGCAUACCUUGGGCCUAAGGAAAGAGGAGACAUAAACGCAGAUAGAAAAUCAGACCACCAGCGCACUCUAUCAGACUCCGGCUCUUUGUCACCACCAUGGGACAGAGAACAGAAAAAUGUUCCUCCACCAGGGUUGCCGUACCCAGAGCACCAUUUUCCACAAAGGCGGGCGGAACGAUUUUAUCACUACCCACCUCCAUCCGGUAGAUUCUCAGGCCCUGCAGAACUAACCAGAAAUCAGGGUAAACCGUUCAUGGACGCGCCAGAUGGACGAUUUUCCCCAGAAUAUAAGCAAAGAGUGAACACAAGUAGGAAUGGGACAGAAGAAGCCAAUAAUGCACCCGGGGCCCCCAAUCAGGAAAGUGAAGCACCGGAAGGGCCACCUAGUGAGUAUCCCAUGCAUCCACCUCCACCAAUGAGGGUCCCCUUGUUACCCAUGGAUCCCAGAGCACCUUAUUUCAGAAGACCGUUCCCUAUGCCUCCUCCUCCAAUGGACAUGUACGGACCUCCCGGAUACCCAGGCAUGCCACCUCCUCACAUCACAAUGAGAAGUCCUCUACCACCGCACCCACAGCACUUCUCCGCUUAUCCGAUGCACAGUGAGACCUUCUUCCCACCACAACAUUUGCGGCCUCCACCAAGAAAUGAUCAUCUCACAGACACUCUGCCUUCUCCUGGCAGCGACAGUACCCAGGACAAGCCAUCCGAUCAAAAGACUUGAUGUUGCAAGUUUAGAGACUUACUUUAAAAAUAAAAUAAUGUAGCAGCUGUUGGUUAAGAAAUUUAUAUUUAUAGUUUUAGCUCAAAGAGAAGAUAUUUUAGCACAUUUGAUUUCUGAAGAAAAUCAGGUAAUUUAACAAUUGUGAAUAAUGGGCGUAUGUACAUUGCAAUGAAGAACGCAUAUUUUUUUUUUAAAUUUUGCUUUUUAUUUGACAAUUUUAUUUAGAACAUUUUUUUUUCUUGCCAAAAGACAUUGGACUUUCAUCUGUCAAUACAUUUUACUAAUAAGGUUUAUCACGUGCAAUGAGAAAACUACUAUAAAUAAAGUUCAGUCCUUUUGUACUUGA